AUGGCCACCGUGUCCUCAGUGGUAGCUCUCCCAGGGACCACCGUGUCCUCAGCGGUGACCCUCCCAGGGGACCGGUGUCCCUCAGUGGUGGCUCUCCCAGGGACCACCGUGUCCUCAGCGGUGACCCUCCCAGGGGACCGGUGUCCCUCAGUGGUGGCUCUCCCAGGGACCACCGUGUCCUCAGCGGUGACCCUCCCAGGGGACCGGUGUCCCUCAGUGGUAGCUCUCCCAGGGACCACCGUGUCCUCAGCGGUGACCCUCCCAGGGGACCGGUGUCCCUCAGUGGUGGCUCUCCCAGGGACCACCGUGUCCUCAGUGGUGACCCUCCCCGGGGACCAGUGUCACUCAGUGGUGGCUCUCCCACAUGAAGUCUCAUGUGUGCUGCCCUCUGAUCCCCUGUGGCCCUCAAUACAGAAUCAAGGCCCCAAGCCCAUGGCUCUGCUGGGCGCCCAUCUGCAGGAUGGACAUGGGGCCCCCAUCCUGCACCCCUCCCUCCCUCACUCGCUGCCCCUGUUUGGCAGCUUGAAGGUCCAUCCUUGCUCAUGCACUUCCGGCCCACAUGGCAAGUUCUCCAUUGACGGGGAGGAAAGUGCAUUUCCUGUUCUUCUUUUCUUUCCAGACAAAGUAACCAUGUUGUCAGCCUUCAUCGCUCCCUUCAAGCACUUAAGCCCCGGGGCCACCAACACGGAGGAUGAAGACAAUCUAAGUACCAGCAGCGCGGACGUGAAGGAAAACCGCGUGAGCAACUGGGAGGCGAGGCCCCUGGCCGCCAGUGACAGGGCCAGAGGCGGCACGCCCGGCGUGAAGCGGAAGAGGCCUCUGGAGGAGGGCAACGGCGGCCACCUGUGCCCCCUGCAGCUCGUCUGGAGGAAGCUCUCGUGGUCCGUGGCGCCCAAGAACGCGCUGGUGCAGUUGCACGACCUACGCCCGGGCCUGCAGUACCGCAUGGUGUCCCAGACCGGCCCCGUGCACGCGCCCGUCUUCGCCGUGGCCGUGGAGGUCAACGGGCUCACCUUCGAGGGCACGGGGCCCACCAAGAAGAAAGCCAAGAUGCGGGCGGCCGAGCUGGCGCUGAGGUCCUUCGUGCAGUUCCCCAACGCCUGCCAGGCCCAGCUGGCCAUGGGCGGUGGCGCCGGGCCAUCCACGGACUUCACCUCCGACCAGGCCGACUUCCCCGACACGCUGUUCAAGGAGUUCGCGCCCGCCGCCCCCAGCGAGGCCUUCCCCGGCCGCCGGCCCGCCGACCCCGGGCUCCUGGCCACGGCCUGCCCGCGGGGCCGGCUCCUCUGCCACCCGCUGGAUCUGGUGGGCCCUGCGGCCCCGGGCGACAGGAACCCCGUGGUCGUGCUGAACAAGCUGCGCUCCGGCCUGCGCUACGUGUGCCUCGCGGAGCCGGCCGAGAAGCAGCGGGCCAAGAGCUUCGUCAUGGCCGUGUGCGUGGACGGCAGGACGUUCGAGGGCUCAGGACGCAGCAAGAAGCUGGCCAAGGGCCAGGCGGCGCGGGCCGCCCUCCAGGCCCUCUUCGACAUCCGGCUGCCGGGCCACGUCCCCAGCAGGAGUAGAGGUCAGCUCCUGCCCCAGGAAUUCGCAGACUCCGUGUCCCAGCUGGUCACACAGAAGUUCCGCGAGCUGACCGUGGGCCUGGCGUCCGCGCACGCCCGCCACAAAGCACUGGCAGGAAUCGUCAUGACCACAGGCUUGGACGUCAGGCAGGCACAGGUCAUCGUCCUGUCCUCGGGCACCAAGUGCAUCAGCGGCGAGCACAUCAAUGACCAGGGGCUGGUGGUCAAUGACUGCCACGCGGAGAUCGUGGCCCGGAGGGCGCUGGUCCACUUCCUGUACGCACAGCUGGAGCUUCACCUCAGCAAGCGGCGGGAGGACUCAGAGCACUCGAUAUUCGAACGGUCCAAGGACGGCGGCUACCGGCUGCGGGACAACGUGCUGUUCCAUCUCUACGUGAGCACGUCCCCCUGUGGAGAUGCCAGGCUGCACUCACCCUACGAGAUCACGGCCGACCUCAACAGCAGUAAGCACAUCGUCAGGAAGCUCCGUGGACAUCUACGCACCAAGAUCGAGUCUGGGGAAGGGACCGUCCCCGUCCGGGGCCCCAGCACCGUACAGACAUGGGAUGGCGUCCUGCUGGGUGAGCAACUGGUCACCAUGUCCUGCACAGACAAGAUUGCCAGGUGGAAUGUGCUGGGACUGCAGGGCGCGCUGCUCUGCCACUUCAUCGAGCCCGUGUACCUGCACAGCAUCAUCGUGGGGAGUCUGCACCACACCGGCCAUCUCUCCCGGGUGAUGAGCCACCGGACCGAGGACAUCGGCCAGCUGCCGACCUCCUACAGGCACAACCGGCCCCUCCUCAGUGGUGUGAGCCAUGCCGAGGCGCGCCAGCCUGGAAAGUCCCCACACUUCAGCGUGAACUGGGUGGUGGGCAACACCGACGUGGAGGUUAUCGAUGGCACCACCGGCAGGCGGAGCUGCGGGGGCUCCUCGAGGCUCUGCAAGCACGUGUUCUCCGCGCGGUGGGCGCGGCUUUACGGAAAGCUGAGCACACGGAUUCCGAGCCACGGAGACACGCCGUCUGUGUACUGUGAGGCCAAGCGGGGGGCCUGCACCUACCAGUCUGUUAAGCAGCAGCUGUUCAAGGCAUUUCAGAAGGCCGGGCUGGGCACAUGGGUGAGGAAGCCGCCUGAGCAGGACCAGUUCCUACUAACCCUCUGA